CGGGGUCAGGGGCGGACCCACAGCGCACCGCCCUCUGUCCUAGUCCCUCGGCCCUCGGUCCUCCGCCUUCGACCCUCCGCCCCCCGCCCGGCCCAACUAGCGCCAUGGGCCGCCUCUUCGGGCGUGCCGCGCUGCGGUCUCUUCUCUGUGGGCCGCGCGCCCCGGGCCUGCGCCUGCUCGUGCGCCCCAGCUCCGGAGGGCCCACGUGGACCGAGGAGAGGACCCUGGUGGCAGUGAAACCAGAUGGAGUCCAGCGGCGGCUCAUUGGGACUGUGAUCCAGCGCUUUGAGAGUCGAGGCUUCAAACUAGUUGGGAUGAAGAUGCUGCAGGCACCUGAGAACAUCCUUGCUGAGCACUACCAGGACCUACAGAGGAAGCCCUUCUACCCAGCCCUCAUCAGCUAUAUGAGCUCUGGGCCUGUGGUGGCCAUGGUCUGGGAGGGAUACAAUGUGGUCCGUGCCUCAAGAGCAAUGAUAGGACACACUGAUUCCACUGAGGCUGCCCCUGGGACCAUCCGGGGAGACUUCAGCAUCCACAUCAGCAGAGGGAGCCUCUGGGUCCACACUCAAGCUUGAGCCUCACCUUUGCCACCUGUUACCUGGCACAGGAACAUCGUCCAUGCCAGCGACUCUGUGGAGGGAGCCCAGAGAGAGAUCCAACUGUGGUUCCAGAAUAGUGAGCUGGUGAACUGGGCAGAUGGGGGCCACCACAGCAGCAGCUACCCAGCCUGAGGGCUCAUGCCACCCAUGGCACUCCAUUGUCCACCAAGGACCAACUACCUCGGUCAACAAGAACUUAAUCCUACACCCAUCCUGUUUCUCCUAAACCACUUCCUUGUUCACCUUCUGCCCUAUGCCAGCCCUCAGGAGUCUGAGCCCCAACUUUAUGUGCCUUUCUGAGUCCUAAGCUAGCACAAGAUUAGACUAAAUCCUUCUGUACCAAAGUGCCAGACAACCAUUGGGGUGUCUUCAAAGGUAAACUCCCCUGCCUCAAAGGAGAGACAUUAAAGUUCAUUGCUUAGAA